AUGGACCUUGUCUCAUCUUUGGAGUGCCUGAAAUUGGAUUCCCAGUCAGAGGUGCUCCAUAAGGACAGUGGCGGAAAGGACCUUUUAUCGCCAAAUACGACUAUAUGCAAUAUGCAAUAUGGUCAUGAUGGUGGUGAUAAUGAUGAUGGUCAUGAUGAUGAUGAUGAUGAUGGUGAUGAUGGUGAUGAUGAUGAUGAUGAUGAUGAUGACGAUGGUGGCAACAAAUGA